AUGCCGUCUUCCAAUACAACCAACAAACGAAAGUUACAGGGUACAGCAUCUACAAAACAAGUGUUACUCGGCUUUGCUUCAUUGAAGCGAACCGCGACGGGGCAUGUCGCUGGAAAGAAGAACGUCCAACGCACCAAUUCCGCUCCUGUCCGCGCCAAUGUCGCCGCAGUGACAAAGAGUCGAUCUGAAAGCCCCGAAGAUACGAUAGAAGACUCUGAUUCUUCCUCCUCGGCCUCUGCGGAUGAAAUCGAGGAAGAACGAAUAACAGAAGAUGACGCUAUCAGUACGCCGGUCACUCGGAGGAGUGCACGUAUAUCUGGUGUCGCCAAAACCAAGGCAGAGAACAAGGACAUCGUUGCGGACAAUGGCAUGUUCCGUUCUCGGAAUUCGCUGGACUCUUCUCCUCGUAAGCGCCCUGGGCUCAAGAAAGUGGCAGAGCCUGGACUAUCGGAGGCCUGGCGCAAGCACUAUGGCGUAGCGAGGCAAAAGAUGGGCGGCCUCCAACCUAUCCACGCCGAGAAUGAGACACCGAUCCAUCACAUUUUGCGGGUGUUUGAUCUGUCGUAUGAAUAUGGACCUUGUGUAGGUGUCCCUCGCAUACAGCGUUGGGAACGUGCGAACAAGAUGGGUCUGAACCCUCCUCAAGAGGUAUACGAAAUCCUGACAAACAAGGAGUACAAGGACAAGGAUGCAUAUUCGCAAAGUGUGUUCUUCGGAGAGGAAAUCUGA